CGGCGGAAACCGGAAGGGCAAGAGCAAGAAAUGGCGUCAGAUGCUGCAGUUCCCCCACAUCAGCCUCUGCGAGGACCUGCGCCAAAGCCUGGAGCGGGACUACCACAGCCUGUGUGAGAAGCAGCCCAUCGGGCGCAUGCUCUUCCGGCAGUUCUGCGAGACGCGGCCUGAGCUGUCGCGCUGCGUCAAGUUCCUGGAUGCCGUGGCAGGGUACGAAGUGGCUCCAGAUGAGAAGCGGAAGGAAUGUGGGCAACACCUGAUUGAAAAGUACUUGAAGCCAAAGAGUGAGGACCAUGUGCCUGAAGUCCCCUCACAGUUAGUGAGUGCCUGUUGUGAGAGGCUGGAGCAGGAACCUUCCAAGGAGCUCUUCAAAGAAUCCACUAAGCUCAUCCACGAUUACCUGAGCGUGGCUCCCUUUGCUGACUACCUCGACAGCUUGUACUUCAACCGCUUCCUACAGUGGAAAUGGCUGGAACGGCAGCCAGUGACCAAAAACACUUUCCGUCAGUACCGUGUGCUGGGCAAAGGUGGCUUUGGAGAGGUUUGUGCCUGCCAAGUGCGUGCCACAGGGAAGAUGUAUGCCUGCAAGAAGCUGGAGAAGAAACGGAUCAAAAAGCGGAAGGGAGAGGCCAUGGCCCUGAAUGAAAAGCAGAUCCUGGAAAAAGUGAACAGUAGGUUUGUAGUGAGCUUAGCCUAUGCAUAUGAAACUAAAGAUGCUCUCUGCCUAGUGCUGACCCUCAUGAAUGGAGGGGACCUCAAGUUCCAUAUCUACCACAUGGGAGAGGCUGGUUUUGAGGAGCCCCGGGCAGCGUUUUAUGCUGCUGAAAUCUGCUGCGGCCUCGAGGACUUGCACCAGGAGCGGAUAGUGUACAGGGACCUGAAGCCAGAGAACAUAUUGCUAGAUGACCAUGGUCACAUCCGUAUCUCGGAUCUGGGGCUAGCUGUGCAYGUGCCAGAGGGCCAGACAAUCAAGGGCCGGGUGGGGACAGUUGGCUACAUGGCCCCCGAGGUGGUGAAGAACGAGCGCUACACGUUCAGCCCRGACUGGUGGGCCCUGGGCUGCCUGGUGUACGAGAUGAUUGAGGGACAGUCCCCUUUCCAGCAGCGCAAGAAGAAGAUCAAGCGGGAGGAGGUGGAGCGGCUGGUGAAGGAUGUGCAGGAGGAAUACUCGGAGAAGUUCUCGCCCUGCGCCCGCUCCCUCUGCACCAUGCUUUUGUGUAAAGAUCCUCUGGAGCGCCUGGGGUGCCGAGGAGCUGGGGCCAGGGAAGUGAAGGAGCACCCUCUCUUUAAGCAUCUCAACUUUCGGAGGCUGGAAGCAGGCAUGCUGGAACCCCCCUUCAAGCCCGAUCCCCAGGCCAUCUACUGCAAGGAUGUUCUGGACAUUGAGCAGUUCUCCACGGUGAAGGGCGUUGAGCUGGAGCCCACAGAUAAUGACUUCUACCAGAAGUUCGCUACGGGAAGCGUGCCCAUUCCUUGGCAGAACGAGAUGAUCGAGACAGAGUGUUUUAAGGAGCUGAAUGUCUUUAGCACGGACGGGACAGUGCCCCCAGACCUGGACUGGAAAGGGCAGCCCUCUCCGCAGCCCAAAAAGGGCUUGCUUCAGCGCUUCUUCAGCAGACAGAGGUGAGCAGUCUCCCU